GCUGACGCGGCGAUGGUGGUGGAUGGCGACCUGUCUCCACACACUGGAUGCUGGAGCCCUGCUGGUGUCCUCCUCUCCUCACACCAGACAUUUCUACGCCCUCACGAAUGUCCCCACAAAGUUUGAGAGCGUUUACGAAGCCAUUCGUUAGGUGUGUGGGUGGUGGUGCCAAGUAGGCAGCGUCCCAGCAGCAGGACGGGCGGCCAGGCAGCAGCAGGUGGCAGUAGGUGGAGCAGCAACAGCAGGGGGAGGUGGUGGGGAGGGGGAGGAGGAGGGGAGGUAGAUGAAGGUGGUGGUGGCCCACUUAGAAGCAGCUACAACACCACGCCACGGCCACCUACAUCUAGGACACCAUGGGGUCAGAACAGCACUACUCACUUCGUUGGAAUGACUAUACAGUCAAGAUUGUUACGGCGUUCCAGUCGUUACGGGAUGAGGAGGAUUUUGUUGAUGUUACUGUUGCCUGUGAUGGUCACUCCUACUCAGCCCACAAAAUGGUGCUUUCCGCGUGCUCUCCAUAUUUCCGGGCCCUACUCAGGGCCAACCCGUGCCAGCACCCCAUUGUUAUUCUAAAAGAUGUGGGUCAUGUAGAACUGGAGAGACUAUUAGAAUUUAUGUACAAUGGCGAAGUGAGCAUAGCGCAAGAUCAACUAGCAGCCUUUCUUAAGACUGCAGAAAACCUGAAGAUCCGUGGACUCGCUGGUUCCUCUGAUGAUAUGGAUCAGACUGGGUUACACAGACCAGAUGUGUCAUAUAGUUAUAGCAGUGGUUCUGCAAUCGGAGGGGUGACUUCAGGACGAAGUAGUCCCUCUGCUGGUUAUGCCCCGAGCCAAGGGUCCAAGGAUGAAGAAAUAGUGGCCGAGGGUGGUGGAAGUUAUCACUCUAGACCUGACUCCCCUCCAAGCAAAAGACGGAAACGAACAAGUGCCCCUGCUGCUGGCCAUGCUGACUCUAACACUGCUAGUCACACCUCAGAAGGUGUGGUUGGCGAGGCCACUGUAGACGUUGAUGCUGGUGGGACAAUGAGUGGUGGUAGUGUGCCUGGGGAGGAUGACAUCCGGUUAGAUCGAAGAGAAAUGAAGAGUGAACCGGGUGAUGCCAUGACUGACGUUUAUAGUGAAUCGUCCGAGAUGAGUACUGACCCACAAUCACACACUGGCGAUGGUAUGGAUCCACGGCAACCUUUAUUGUAUCCUAUAGCAAUGCCCGGGCCCUCAGGAGGAGUGGGCAGCCAGGACAACGUGGGUACUCAUGAACCGGGCGCAGCGCCGGGCGGUGCUGUCUGUGAGGCUCUCAACCUGUCGCUGCGGCCACCUCUACCCCAGGCCAACGGAACCCUGCAUCAACCGCUGCUUCACCAUCACCACCACCACCACCUCCAACAACAACAACAACAGCAUCAACCACACCUCCACCAACAUCACCAACAGCUUCAUCACCACCACCACCACCACCAACACCACCAACAGCAGCAACAGCAAAUGACUACUGCUGUUUCAACUACGCCUAUCAACCAUGUUGCCGUCACAGAUGCCACCGAAACUUUUGAGGUGAAGAUUCACCCUGCAGUGGCAGUGGCGGCAGCUGCAGCCUCAGGGCUGGUGUACCCUGAGGAUGCACUAGAUUUGGCCUCAGAUAAGGUGGCUGGAAUGAUGACAGUUCGAGAGACAAAGGAAGAACGGGGCAUGUUGGAGGCCUCACCAGAGUACAAGACAAAGUUGUACCCAUGUCCAGAGUGCCACAAAGUGUUCCGCCACCCCAUGUCUCUCCACCACCACCGCCAUGUGCACAAGGGAACAUACACUUGUCACUCAUGUGGUAAGGUAUUUUCCCGACGUUGGGAUCUCCACCGUCAUUUGCACCGAUCCAAGAUGGGCUGCCGCCGCCCUAAUCAUGUGACUACAGCUGCUGCAGUGGUAACCGCCACUCCUGGGACUGUAACUACUAGUACCACCGCUGCCACCGCUGCUGCAGCUGCACACCGAGCCGAGUUUGCUCUCGAUCUGAACAACCCCCCUUCCAACUGACUGUGAUAUCACUAGGCGAUACUAGAGCAUAGAGACGUACAUAUUAUAUAGGGACUUGUAUUUGUUGUGUUGUUGCGACCAGUGCCGCCAUGCCUGGCACUGAUUCUGUGAUCACCAGCCAAAGAUGGAGUGCAGGCGCCCCUGUCAUAUAUAUUAUGCUGACACCACAGCGCCACGUCCGAGAUUAUGCCCACAUUAUUAUACCCUUCUCAAGGACACACACUCCGUUUUGGUCUGUUUGAGUUAAAUUUAAGAGCAAUGGAAAAAAUUCCCUCCUUGCAUCAUUGCUUGGUUUUAGUCAGUUGAUUUUAGUCAUAUAGACUGCCUGUAUGUGAUAAUACCCCAGUGAUGCUUAUUAAUUCUUCACGUUUUGGUUCUCUGUGAUAUUUGCUUUAUUUUAGUUGCUGCCAUUACCGUUCUGGCAACAGAUCCUGUAGGCUUGUUGUCUCUUUACUCCCAUCUCCUUUCCUGCCACUCAACUAUAUAUAUAUAUAUAUAUUUAGAGUGUUGUUGGUAUUGUUGUUCCUAUAUACCUUACAUUAUCAGCUACCAGACGUGAAUGGUAUGUCGAAACUUAGGGCAAUAAUAAAUGUUAUUAUACUGAUGGCUGCCAAUCAUUAUUUGUUAUGUCCUUUUUAACCCCUUUCAUAGUGCCAAAAUCUGUGUAUUUAAUCAGCAAGAUGAUUUGUUAAAGAAAGUAGUUAAGAAUAUAUUGAUAUUAUUUAAAUUAAAGUGAAUUAUGUCAGGACAUUUGAACUUAGUAUUUAUUUUUAAAUCUUAAUAAUUUAAAAAGUAAUAAACGAAAAGAUAUGACUUUUAAAAGAUAGAAAUAAAGAACCGCUACUGGACUAGCUCUGUCGUUAGUAUUGCAUACUUUGGAUUUAAAUUGAAGAUUGGUGUACGGUGUGAUUACUUAUAAAAUAUCGUUACCAUUUCAAGCCAGAAGAAAUUAUGAACUUCAGACGAAAUGUUUAAAUAAAACUUAACGAAUUUUAUGAAAACGUUCAUAAUUUAUUUAUUGCUAGUGUUAUAAAGUAACAGGCUGAGGUUUAACUUAUUUUGAUUUAUAACUUUUGGUGUUAAAGUUGAGUUGAAGCUUGAGGUACAUUAGUUUUUGUAAAAAUCGAAUUCUGAAACAUCUUGAAUGUGAGCCUACCUGUACUUAAAGAGAGAAAGUUAUCUCAAAAGCAUUUUGUUUAAUAGUGUCUAGGGAAAUAUUCAUGAACAGUUUUAGCAUGUAAAUUUGUCUAUACUGUAUACAUUUGCUAUAUAACUAUUAUUUAUAUUUUUUUUAAAUUGGACUCAAAGUACAAAUAGUGGCAGUCAUAGAGUGGCCUUUACUUGUUUUCUGAAAGAUAUUUGCUGACUGAAUUUUCUUCUUUGCCUUCCUUUGUAGAGAGAAGGUUUGUUGAAUACACCUUUCAUGCAAGUCUUUCCACCCAUGGAUUAUACACCAUGCUUGUCUAUCCAUAAAUAUAUAUGCUGUUACCCCCACACUCAAGCAAGAUGGUACAUGUGGAGUCUUUUUCCCAGCACUUUAGUGACCAACAAUCUGCACUUUCUUCUUCAAUUUGUUUUCUCCUCUCACCUCAUAAGGGUUGUCUCAGCAGAUAUGUGAAGGAUACAAAAGUUUGGAAAGAGGAAAGCAAAAAAUGUUAAUUGGGGAAAGCAAGAAUCUGUUUAGAGGAUAGUAAUACUGUACAUGGAGUAGCAUGCAAUCAGAGUGUAGGUAAAGAUAGACGCUGGGGUUUUCAUUUGUGUUUCCAUAAGUGCUGGAGACGAGCUCACUUGUUACUCAUUCAGAGAAUAUUUUAUGAUGGAGACGAAAACUAUGCUGUUAAAUCUUUAUUGUCCAUUUGUUUCUUGAGAGAAUAUUAUAUAUUUAAUGAAAGAGAGUUAUGUAUUACUAAUACAUAUAUUAAACAUAAGGCUAUACACAAAUAUACAUGGUACAGCCUAAAUUAUGAAAUUGUAGAAAAAGAAUAUUUAUGUGCUUGUUGAGUGAAGUAUGUGAAAGUAUGCAAUUUGAGAGCAUUGAGGGGAAUAUUUUGAGGAAUAUUUUGAGGUUUGUCUGAUCACAUGUUGGUGCUAUUAGAGAUGAUGUUAAAGUGAUGAGAGGUGAUUUAUUCCUUACAAGGAUCCAGGAGGCGAAAGUAUAAAAGUUCAGUGAGAGUGACCUUAUUGAUGAGUACAAAAGAAGAUUGAUAGUGAUGUUGUAUUAAGAGACUAUGAACAAAUGGAUCUUAGUGCCAUGUAGGCACUAUGAGGAAUGUUUGCUUAAGGAAUGCCAUUGAAGUGUGUGGAGAUGAGAGUAACUGCUUCCUGGGAUGAAGAGGUGUCAUCAGCAGUUGAUAAUAAGAAAAAGAAAUGGAUUUUAUGAAUAUAAAGUGAAGAAGAGAAAUAUGCAAGAAAAUAGGAGAAUAAUGAAAAUUAAAAGUAUUGUACUUGAAAGAGUAGUUAGAUGAGAAAGAGCAAAUGAGGAGAUAGGAAGACAAAUUAAAGAAACUUUUUUCAGAAAGCAGGAAUCUCUUAGGGAAGAAGUAAGAAAAUACAAUCAGAAGACUGGUGGAGGAAGGAGUAGAUGGAAAUAUUAUAUUAUUAAAGAUAAGCAUGGAAGAAUGUUAAAUGGUGAAGAGGAGAGUAGAAGUAAGUAGAAGAUGUUAAAGUUUUAAUGAGUGAAGGUGACAAAAGAGGUACUGUAUUGAUGUGAAUGUGAUUUAAUGGAGUGAGGAGGAGGCAAGAUUGUAUUUUAGCUAAUAUAUAUCCUUGGAAAGGGUUUGUACAUGAGUGAAGAAGUAAAAAUGUGGGAUAACUACAGGUGUUGAUGCUGCUUGUUUUCAUGAUUUGACAAGUGCAAAAUUUGAAGUACUUAUACUGUAGUUUUGUGAUAACCAGACAUGUACAAACCUCAUUACUCCAAGGAAGAGUCAAUAUAAUGGUGCUAAGUGUGGAUAGGUUGGCUGUUAAGGUAUUCUAUAUCUGUAUAUAAACAAAUUUGGUGACUGUAGUGAAUUGUAAAGAAAUUAUGGGAUAGUAAUUAUAGUACCUCUGUAUAGAAAUAAAGGAGAAUGUAGUAAUUGCAAGAAUUAUAUAAGCAUUAAUUUAGUAAGUGCAGUGAGCAGAGUGUAUGACACAAUAGUGGCUGAAAGAGUAAUGAAAAUUACUGGGAUAUUGAUUAGUGGUAAACAAAGUGGGUUCCAUGGAGGAUGGAAGAGGGUGCAUUUAUCAGAUAUUUGGAUUUAAACAAACUUGUAGUGAAGGCAGAGUUUAUGUAUGCAGAUGACACAGUACAGUUCUUUUAGCAAAGGGUGAUAGAUAAAAGUGGAGUUUAUGUAAUCAAAGUUGAGAGCAGAGAUAGUUAAGGAAAGAACUGUGUUCUUAUAAUGAAAGUUGUGGUUAGAGAAGAAUAUAGGAUAUAUGCAUCUAGAGGGCUGCCAGACUGGUAGUCCUGACUCAUGUAUGGAUGAGAGACGAUACUGUGGUAUAUACACGAAACAUCAAACAUUAUAGAAAAAGAAAUGGAUAAUCUGAGAAGCCUAUUUCGUGUUAGAAAAAUAGGGAAAGGAAUGAAAUGUAAAGGAAAGAUGUGAAGUACAAUAGUCAGUGAAUUGCAAGAUCGAGGAGAGAGUACCAAGAUGGUUAUGGCAUGUUGAUGAUGAUACACUAUCGAAGAGAGUUUAUUGGAGGGUAGGUGGAGGAGAAGGCGGCUAUGAGCAAGAUGUUCGCACAGGGUGAAAGGGUGAGAAAUUGGGGAUUGAGUGAUCAGCACAUGUAAUAUGGUAAGAAACAAGAUCAGGUGGAAGCUGUAAAUAGGGAGUAAAUGAAUGUGUUUGUAAUACAGUAGCAAAGUACAGGGCAAUUUGCCUGGUUUUAUGAAGCAGUGGAAUACUGCUGUGAAUGCUUGCCAGAGUAUGUUGGUUCUUGUUUAUCCUUGAUGCUAUGUAGCAUAAAUGGUAUGAUGAAUAGAUGAGUGAUAUAUACUGUUUUCAGCAUCUAUAUUCUUCUUUUGCUAUAUUGUUCCACAUUUUUCUCCAGGUUGAUGCCUUCAUACAUCACAAAAGUUGGAAACAGGGUUAUGAUAAUGUAUUACAUGUGGAACAUAAUGACAUUGUGUGUUUGUGUGUGUGUGUGUGUUUGCUGUGGUUGGGGUGGGGGAGUUGGUGGGUGGGAGUAGGUAGGUGAAUGAUGAGACAAAAUUGAAAUAUAUAAUCAUAUAAGACUGGUAAAAAAUUAAGCAUUUCAUUGAGAUACUGGGCAUGUGUGAUAAGUAAAUUUUAGCUGUAUUAUUCCUUGUGUAUUUGCAUGCAGUAGUACUCAUGCACAAAGCCUAAAAAAAAUUAUGAAACACUGAUCAAUAUUUCAUAAUAAAUAAACUUCAAAACAUA